GGAGUGGGUGAUCUUGGCGGAGAAGGGAGAAUGGAGGCUGUAUCGAUGAAGCAACGUACCCUGGCGGGAGAAGAGCCCGGGCCCGGGGCUCAGAGGACGUGGGUUCUAAUCCCGGCUCUGCCGCUUACCCGCCGCGUGACCUUGGACUCGAGAAUGAACAAUCCGUCAGAAAGCAGUAAACCGUCGAUGGAGAGCGGGGACAGCGGCACAGGCACCCAGACAAACGGGCUGGACUUUCAGAAGCAGCCGGUGCCGGUGGGAGGGGCCAUCUCGUCAGCGCACGCCCAGGCCUUCCUCGGACACCUCCAUCAGUCCAAAUCUAAUGAAGAAUCUGGGGACUCCCAGCAGCCAAGCCAGCCUUCCCAGCAGCCUUCGGUGCAGGCAGCCAUCCCCCAGACCCAGCUGAUGUUGGCCGGAGGACAGAUCACCGGGCUGACCCUGACGCCGGCCCAGCAGCAGCUCCUGCUCCAACAGGCCCAGGCCCAGCUGCUGGCGGCCGCCGUCCAGCACUCGGCCAGCCAACAGCACAGCGCCGCCGGGGCCACCAUCUCCGCCUCCGCCGCCACGCCCAUGACCCAGAUCCCCCUCUCUCAGCCCAUCCAGAUUGCACAGUGAGCGGCGAAAGGUGACCUGCAGCAGCUGCAGCAGCUGCAACAACAGAAUCUCAACCUGCAGCAGUUCGUCCUGGUGCAUCCGACCACCAACUUACAACCAGCCCAGUUCAUCAUCUCGCAGACCCCACAGGGGCAGCAGGGCCUCUUGCAAGCGCAGAAUCUUUUAACGCAACUACCUCAGCAAAGCCAAGCCAACCUCCUGCAGUCUCAGCCAAGCAUCACCCUCACCUCGCAGCCAGCAACCCCAACCCGCACAAUAGCAGCAACCCCAAUUCAGACCCUUCCCCAGAGCCAGGCUGCACCAAAGCGAAUCGACCCUCCCAACUUAGAGGAGCCCAGUGACCUUGAAGAACUCGAACAGUUCGCCAAGACUUUCAAACAAAGACGGAUCAAACUUGGAUUCACUCAGGGUGAUGUUGGACUCGCUAUGGGCAAACUCUAUGGAAAUGACUUCAGCCAAACAACCAUCUCUCGCUUUGAAGCCUUGAACCUCAGCUUUAAGAACAUGUGCAAGUUAAAGCCACUUCUAGAAAAGUGGCUCAAUGAUGCAGAGAACCUCUCAACAGAUUCAGCCCUCUCCAGCCCAAGUGCCGUGAAUUCUCCGGGGAUGGGAAUCGAGGGCUUGAAUCGGAGGAGGAAGAAACGCACAAGCAUAGAGACCAACAUCCGUGUGGCCUUAGAGAAGAGUUUCCUGGAGAAUCAAAAGCCUACCUCGGACGAGAUCACCAUGAUCGCCGAUCAGCUGAACAUGGAGAAGGAGGUGAUCCGCGUCUGGUUCUGCAACCGGCGCCAGAAGGAGAAAAGGAUCAACCCACCCAGUAGCGGUGGAACCAGCAGCUCGCCUAUCAAAGCAAUUUUCCCCAGCCCGACCUCCCUGGUGGCAACCACUCCAAGCCUGGUGACAAGCAGCGCGGCAACCACCCUCACAGUCAACCCGGUCCUCCCCCUCACCAGCGCCGCCGCCGUGACCAACCUCUCUGUCACAGGCCCCACGGAAACGGCCUCCAACCCCCCGGCCACGGUGAUUUCCACGGCCCCCCCGGCCCCCUCGGCGGCGACGCCACCCACCCGGAGCCCCUCCCCCUCGGCCUCGGCCUCCGAGGCAUCCGGCGCCAGCGAGACCAGCACAACGCAGACCACCUCCGCCCCCUUGUCCUCCCCUCUCGGGACCAGCCAGGUGAUGGUGACGGCAUCAGGGUUGCAAACGGCAGCGGCGGCCGCCCUGCAAGGCGCAGCACAGUUGCCCGCCAACGCGAGUCUCGCCGCCAUGGCUGCUGCGGCGGGACUCAGCCCAGGCCUGAUGGCGCCCUCGCAGUUUGCCGCUGGAGGUGCCUUACUCAGUCUCAAUCCAGGGACGCUAGGCGGCGCUCUCAGCCCAGCCCUGAUGAGCAAUAGUACACUGGCAACCAUUCAAGCUCUCGCAUCCGGCGGAUCUCUUCCGAUAACAUCACUGGACGCCACCGGGAACCUGGUGUUCGCCAACGCCGGAGGGACCCCCAACAUCGUGACGGCGCCGCUCUUCCUGAACCCCCAGAACCUCUCUCUGCUCACCAGCAACCCGGUCAGCCUGGUCUCGGCCGCGGCCGCCUCGGCGGCCACCCCCGGCCCGGUCGCCAGCCUCCACGCCCCCUCCACCUCCGCCGAGUCCAUCCAGAACUCGCUCUUCACGGUGGCCUCGGCCAGCGGGGCCGCCGCGCCCACCGCGGCCACCACCACCACUGCCUCCAAAGCACAGUGAGCCGGGGGGGGGCCCGGGCCGGGCCGGACCGACCGCCGCUCCCGCCGCUCGCCGGCCCCUCCGCGGUCAGUGGGGGCCCCCCCCCGCCAGCUGGGUUUGUAAACUGAAAAUGUGAUUGGCUUCCUCUCGCCGAGUUGCUGGGGACAAGGGAGAGAAAGAAAACACACACACACACACACACACACACGCACGCGCGCGCUCGUGUGCACACACUCAUCCAAAAAACAACAACAACAAAAAACCCCACCAACCAACCAGGAAGAAUGGAAAGAUGGGACAGACGUUUGCCUAAUUUUGUAAUAAACACUGUCUUUUCAGGAUCGCUUCACGGAUCGGAGAACUUUCUAACCAAAAAUGUAAAAAAAAAAAAAA